AUGAGUAAAAAUACUUUAUUAUAUCUAUCAGCUGUGUGUUUGACAGCUUCAUAAGCAUACAAAGUUGCAGUCAUCAAUGAUUUCCAUGUUGACUUAAACUAUGAUGCCAAGACCUGCACAGAUGGUGUCUCCAAAGAAAUAAAAGAAUCUCACUUGCUUACUAAAUCAGCUGAUGAAGCUCUUGGAAAGUAUGGAUGCGAUCCCCCACUCUCACUUUUGGAAACUUUUCUUGAUAAAAUUAGUAGCUCAGAGGGCCACCUGGAUUUCAUCAUAAUGCCUGGUGAUCUAGUUGCACAUGGUCUACCUUUGGAUCCAUCUAAUCCUAAAAAGGGAAAUUAUGAACUUCUGAAGCAAACAAUCUCAAGUGUAUCCCAAACUUUCGCCAAGUAUUUCCCAAAUACAUUCGUACUUCCCAGCUUAGGAAAUAAUGAUCCUAAAUAUCAUUACAUGGCCUUGAACGAAGAUGAUAAAGAUGAGUACUAUGGAUUUAUCUACUAAAACUGGAUGCAAACUUAAUCAUACAAUUCAAACCUAAAGAACUUCGGAACCAUCAAGUCAACCAUGCUGAAAGGUGGUUACUACAGAGCAGAUAUUGACUCAACUUUGAGUGUUAUGGCCGUAAACACGCUCUAUUUUAAUGAGAAAAAUGAUAUCUCAUAACAAGGAAAUGACGCUCAAGAUCACAUCACUUGGAUUAGAGAUCAAUUCACACAAAAUCCUCAAAGAAGAUUCAUAGUCACAAAUCACAUCUAUCCAGGAGCUAAGUAUGUAGGAGAUUCAAAGGAUCUCUUCGUUGAUGGAUUCAAUGAUCAGUUCUUUAGCAUUCUCUACGAGUUUAGAAACCAAAUCGUGCUUGAGGUGUCAGCUCAUGACCAUUUCGCUGAUGUAAGAUAUCACUCUAAUGGUGACGACAAAAACAAAGACUUCUAUCACAACAUCCUCGUAGCUCCAGGAGUCUCUCCAGUCAAGAAUCAAAACCCAGGUUAUGCAGUCUUCGAGAUUGAUAGCUCAACCUUCAUCCCUGAGAACUUGAAAUUGACAUUCUUGAAUUUGCUUGCAGUAAGCAAAUCUGAGAUAUCUUCCUCAAAUCUUCCCUUCAGAAGUGUCUUGUUGUCAGACUUCGGUCUUAACUAACUCACUGCCUCUGCUUUGAAAGACUUCAAGAACAAGCUUGAGGCCGAUGAUAAGCUAACCUACAAAUAUCUUGUUGCAAAGCUAGGAUUCGACCCUAACGAUAGCACUGAGUAUGAGACUGCCAUGAGCAUCUAUGUAACUGAUUUGGGACUAUUAACUAAGAGCAAGAGAAAGACUUAUAAAUUUAUUUGUCAAAUGCACAUGAGCAAGACCAAGUAAGAACUUGAUUAAUGCAUCUCAGAUGCAAGCAAUGCCAAUGAUGCAGCUGCUCUCUUCCUUCAAUGA